CGGGGCUAGUCUCGCCUAUCCGGAACGCAUGUUCAUGGGGCCAAGCCCACUGGCUCUUGGCUCUGAGCUUCCCUCAAGGUGCCAGCCCCAUGUCCCCCAGACAUUUCAGGACAUCCACUAGUCCGCUCGUGCACUGGACCCUACCACCCGAGCCCCUGCACAACACAGCGCCCCCUCUCUGGCUGCGGCAGUGGCCAGCAGGGUGCGGAGGUGAGGUCGGAUAGGGGCGCACAGCUCCCGUGCUCUCUCGCCUGGGGGAAUUGGGCUGUGGGCGAGGCGGGCCCGGGCUGGCCUUUAUCGCUCUGCCGGCUCGUCUUUUGAAACUUUAUCAGCAAGUCUCGCCACUUGCAGCCGACUCGAGCAGGGGGCGGGGGCGCGGCGCCAGCGGCCGUGACGAGGCGCUCCCAGCGCUGAGCGCUUCUGCUCGGCGCACGCAUGGCGCCCGCACACGGAGUCUGACCUGAUGCAGAUGCAACGGGGUUAAUAUGAACGCCCCUUUCGGUCGAAUCUGGCUGGGGCUACCGCUGCUCUUGACCUGGCUCAGCCCUGAGGUCAGCUCUUCAUGGUGGCAGAUGAAAAUUACAGGUGACUCCUCCAGGGUGAUGUGUGACAAUGUGCCCGGACUGGUGAGCCGCCAGCGUCAGCUGUGCCACCGACACCCGGACGUGAUGCGUGCCAUAAGCCAGGGUGUGGCCGAAUGGACAGCAGAGUGUCAACAUCAGUUCCGCCAGCAUCGUUGGAACUGCAACACCAUGGACAAGGAUCACAGCCUCUUUGGCAAGGUCCUGCUCCGAAGUAGUCGGGAAUCUGCCUUUGUUUACGCCAUCUCCUCAGCCGGAGUUGUAUUUGCCAUCACCAGGGCCUGUAGCCAAGGAGAAUUAAAAUCCUGCUCCUGUGAUCCAAAGAAGAAGGGAACCACCAAGGACAGCAAAGGCACCUUUGACUGGGGCGGCUGCAGUGACAACAUUGACUAUGGCAUCCGCUUUGCCCGGGCAUUUGUGGAUGCCAAGGAAAGAAAAGGAAAGGAUGCCAGAGCCCUGAUGAAUCUUCAUAACAACCGAGCUGGCAGGAAGGCUGUGAAGCGCUUCUUGAAGCAAGAGUGUAAGUGUCACGGUGUGAGCGGCUCGUGUACACUGAGGACCUGCUGGCUGGCCAUGUCUGACUUCAGGAAGACGGGCGAUUACCUCUGGAAGAAGUACAAUGGGGCCAUCCAGGUCGUCAUGAACCAGGAUGGCACUGGGUUCACUGUGGCUAACAAGAAGUUUAAGAAGCCGACCAAAAACGACCUCGUGUAUUUCGAGAAUUCUCCAGACUACUGUAUCAGGGACCGAGAGGCAGGUUCCCCGGGUACAGCGGGUCGUGUGUGCAACCUGACUUCGCGAGGCAUGGAUAGCUGUGAAGUCAUGUGCUGCGGAAGAGGCUACGACACCUCCCGCGUCACCCGGAUGACCAAGUGUGAGUGUAAGUUCCACUGGUGCUGUGCCGUGCGCUGCCAGGACUGCCUGGAGUCCCUGGACGUGCACACGUGCAAGGCUCCCAAGAGUGCCGACUGGACGAACCCCACAUGACCCCAGCCAAGGACACCGUCCACAACCUUCCUGCAAGGACUCCACUGGAUCUGCGGGGACACUGGACUCUCUUAGCAGGGAUAGUUCUUAAGGAGUGUGGCCUUUGUCACCACAGAAGUCCCUCCCGUCCCUGGCCACCCCAGCCCGGGCGGCCAUGUGCUGCACACAGUGUAUGCCCUGUUCUGUCCACCUUCUGGUUCUCUGGGGUCUCCUUUCUUCCUGGGGAGUUCUCUCUGCAAACAGGCUGUGUUGGGAUGUGGGAAGGAGGGUGGAGGGCGGAGGUCAGCAUCUCUACCCUUCUACACAUUUCCUCUUUCUAGAACAGUUGGCCCAGGAGACAGUGAGUAUAUCAAAGGAGCUUCCUCAGUGUCCUCCAACAAACACUUACUGCUCUCUCAGGGUGGGAAGAAUUAACUUAAAUUCUUGAAAAGAUCAAGCAAGGCUUUUGUGCAAUCAGUACUUGCCAUACACCACCUGACCCUACCCUUAGUCUCCCCUCCCCCUCCUCCCACCCCCUCCGUGAUCACUGGUCACUGCCUGGGGAAGGAUGGCUUUCAAUAAACUUCAGGUUUAA